CCGACCAAUCCAUCACAUCACCGGCGUGAAAAUAGAGUCCAUAACUCGCUUUCCUUCCAGCCCUCGGUUUUAUUUCUCCCUCUUGAGUCUUGACUUCUCCGACUCAAUCCAAACCCACCUCAAAUAAAUAAGCUCAGCGCAAUCCAAACCAUUCUUCCCAAUCCCAAAUUGUCCACCAAAAUUUAUCCCGACGGUUGGAUUGACCGCAGACGGAUACACGGAGUUUUCUCGUUUCAGCAGAAUUAAGUUUAAAUAAAAAUCGAAAUCUCCAAUUCCCCCAUUUCCCAUUAUUUUUUCUUCGGAUUCCCCACAUAAAGAUCGAAGCUUUCUCCCCAGCUGCAUUCUUCCCCCCCCCUUGGGCGUUUGAGGGAGAGGGAGUUGGUGGGGUUGUUUCAAUCUGCCGGAGCGAGGGCGGGGCAUAUUCAGCCUGGCAAAUCUAGGGGAAUUGCGCCCUCGCUUGCCUUUGAAGCAACCCAUUGCUGCAUCCGCCGGCGAUCGCGACGACAACAACCACUCCCGGCCUUGGCGUCGGAGGCUUUCAUCCUUCUUCUUCGCCUCUUUUUCUUCCAUGGCUUCCUACUCCUGGGCCUCUGCUCUCAGGAUCACUGUCCUCCUCCUUCUCCUCGCCGCUGUGGUUGUUGCCUGCUUCACUCUCCCUAUUGAAAAGAUACUGAAGGACUUCUUGUCAUGGGUUGAGCAUGAUCUUGGGGCUUGGGGUCCCCUUGUGCUUGCUGUGGCAUAUAUACCUUUGACGAUCUUGGCAGUUCCUGCAUCAGUGCUCACUCUUGGUGGCGGAUAUCUUUUUGGUUUGCCUAUUGGCUUUGUUGCCGAUUCUAUUGGUGCUACGAUUGGUGCGUGUGCUGCAUUUCUUCUCGGAAGAACUCUUGGUAGAUCUAUGGUUGUUGCCAAGUUAAAGGACUAUCCACAGUUCAGAUCAGUUGCAAUUGCUAUUGAAAGAUCUGGGUUCAAGAUUGUUCUGUUGCUUCGGCUAGUUCCGUUGCUCCCUUUUAACAUGUUGAAUUAUCUGCUGUCGGUUACUCCUGUUUCUUUUAUGGAGUACAUGCUGGCUUCCUGGUUAGGAAUGAUGCCAAUAACACUUGCAUUAGUCUACGUUGGAACAACUCUCAAGGAUCUUUCUGAUGUAACGCAUGGUUGGAUGGUUCUAAUAUUCACGGUAACCAAAGUCGCCAAGUCCGCGCUGGACAAAGCUUUGGCUGAAUGUGAUGAAAUAGAUGGGUCAUUGGCCUCACCGGAGUUGCCAGUGUCGGUAGAUCCUUCAAGUGAUCUGAACCAGCCUCUGUUAAUCAAGAUAGACAGUGAAGAUUACAUCGAGAACAAACGAAACCAGUGAUGUAUUUGUAAAUCCUUCCCUCUAUGUCAAAAGCCAAUUGCUUCCAGUUUGAUAGUCAAGCAAUUUGGUGCUCACCCGGUUCUGUACAGUCUGAACGUCGUGCCUGAUCGACAUUCAAUCCCCUGAUAGUGUCUCUAAAUCCAGCCUCUUCUCAAAUGCCAGCCAUGAACAUAGUUUUGAAAGCACUGUGUGUUCGUUGAUGUGGACAAUGCCAGUGCAACUUUGGGUGGAAAAAGAUGGAUCUCUUGGAAACUUAGUGUCGGCAGAUAGAAGCAGCGAAAUAUCUUCUGGGUUACAGAGCUUUGGCUCCUUCCACUGACCUAACCAAUUAACUUGUCAGACAAGCACUAUAUUAUGUAUUGAUAUUCAGAAGAUGUUGUACCUUCCAUUUGCAGGUUGUGGGGCACAUUAAUCAAAGAUUGGUAGAAGACUUUUCUUCUUGUUGUGAAGUGGUCUUGAAACUUGGCAAUCAUGUGAGAUACAGUGGGUUUCCAAUGUUGAUUAGAUAUGGAAUGGGAACUUUGCAGGAAGCCCAUGUUCUCCUGCAUAAUUCUUCUAUGAAUGUGUUGCCCGUUGGUGGUGAUAACCCUUCAUAAUUGGCCACUCGCUUGUCUUCUUCAAUCAAACAACUAAAAUUGGAAAGGAAGCCCAUACAUAUAAUUGGUUAGACUCUUGUUUUCAU